AUGGAAAUAAUGAGUCGAGAAGAAGAUGGACGGCUUUUUCAAACUGCCACCAACAGUAUAUCACUCAUAAUACAGUCAAAAAGAGAUGGAACGAGAAUUACAGAUAAAAUCGUGGACGAGAUUGUGCUUGUUCUACAGAUGGAAGAGAUGAAAUUCUCUCGGACGCAGCAACAAACUGCCGGAGCUGCGAUCAUCGUUUCAUCGAAAGCUAUUCUUCCAAAAAUGACAACUCCCGAGAAGAUUUCACUGAUUCGAAUGUUCAACCAAGGGCUUGAAAUGAUAUCCACCUUUGAUGAGCUUCCAGGAUUUCGUUGGUCAAAUGUGCAGCCAUUGUUCCACAUGUAUAUGGAUGCAAUUCCUAGAGACUCACCUGGUGCCACGAAAGUUUUGAACUUUCUUCUCAAAAUUUUCGAUGUUCUUAAAUCAUCGCCCCACGUGAAUGAAGAUUUCUUCAGUUAUCAUUCAAUUCUCACGUUAGGACGUCUCAUUAACAAAACAAUGGAAAUUAUCACAAAUUCAACUUGUGACGUAGAACUUCGAAAAUUGGCUCUAGAAGUUGUAUCCCGGCUCAUUCGACAAUGUCCUCCAUCAAAAGCACCCACGAUUUCGUUGAUAAUUUCAGGUUUUUUGGGGAAUCUCAUGAAAACCAUGAAAGGAGUUCAAGUUAAUGCAGAGUUGAUGGAGAAUUCCAUAAAUUUGUUCACCGAUGCAGUUGUAUUAGUAUUCAGUGAUAAUGCCGAGAAAUUCGACAUAUCAAAAAUUAAUCUGGAGCAAUAUCAUCCGGAAAUGCAUAAAAUGUUUGAUAAUCAAACUGUUGAAUGGAGACAAAAUGGAAGUGAUAUCAUUUUCGAAUACAUGAGAAAUUUACUCAGUUUCGGUUUUAAUCAUCGAGUAUUCGACGUUAAAAAAGCCAUGUGCCAGAUGAUAAUAAAAAUUCAAACGGAAUGCGGACAGCUUUUUGGAAAAAGAAAUUAUAAUCUUCUCAUGAAUCAAUACUUUUAUUUACGAUAUGAUGAUUAUCCAUACUUCCAAGAACUGGCAGAAAAGUGUAUUUCUCUUGUAAAUGAUCGAGAAACCAUUCGAUUAUUCUUCAUGAAACAACUUUCUCAAUAUACUACCACACUCCCUGUUCUUUCACGAAAUGGAGGCAAAAGUGAUCAACAUUUCAAAGCACUAUGUGCAAGUUUGCGAGCUCUUGGAGAAAGUAUCACUCUUAUGUGCACAACAGGAUCGGAGACAAUCGAGCUGUUACUAAGAAGUCUGGCUGACACAAUUGUAAUUGAAAAAAGGAGAUUGAUGAUCACAAGUGAUACAACUGUGGAUACAAUUGAGAAGUUCCUACUGAAGUUUAAACUACAGUACCAGUUAAGCCACGAAAAUGUCAAAUUGGUUUGUGACACGUUGGUGGAAUUCGGGAAACUGGAGGUAAUCGACAUGGUGCAUAAUCUAAUGCAAGUUGAACCACUUAAAAAGCGUUCAUCUUAUCACAUUAUUCUUGCAUAUAUGCUAUCAGCUGUUGAUCUGGAAACAACUGCGAAGGACGAUCCAGUAAUUCUGAUGAUUGCAGAAUAUUUGACUUCAGAAACAAAUAAAUCAUGUGUGAUCAAAUUGAAAGAUGAUUCAAAACCUCUCACUCACGGUACUGAACUGGAUUGGAGUACGUGUAUCGAGAGUCUUAGUCUGGUCAAUGUCACAUUGUGCAUGAAAUUUAUUGGAGAAAUUGCUAAUCGAUCUAAUGUAUCCGUCAAUUGUCUGUGCACAAUCAUCAAUCAAACAAAUUCUCUUGACUGGGUCGUUAGAGAAUCUGCUGAUUUUUCACUUAAAACACUUGCCAAACAAGACAGUCGAAUCAAAGAUGUGAAGAAUCUCGUUGGAAUCUACAGUAGUCAUAUAUUGAAUCAAGUUUCACUUGCUUGUAUGUCGUCGGAUAACUAUCAUUUAGCUCCAGUCCUUCUAAUUUCUUUUCUAAAAAUUGCUGGAAUCGGAAAUCAUUUUGAUGUGCUCAAAGUGAUUGUGGAGAAAAUGCUUUAUGCAUUGGAUAACAAUCAACAAAGAUACCUAUACGGCAUACUCGCUACUAUUCAAACUUUUAUGUCAGCACUUCUUUGCAAAUACCCAAAUCAAAAACCUGUUGAACCACCCAAAGAAUCGGAAGAUGAGAAAAGUAGUCCAACGCCUCAGCACAUUCUCGUCGAAAAGAUCCUUCUUCGAACAAAACAUAUGUUAACUAGUGAACUUUUGUUCAUUCAAUUGAAAGCGUUAGACAUUUUAUUGGAUGGAUUAGAUUUUUUGAAAUGUUAUGACGAUAUGCUUCUUCCCAUGAUUCAUCAGAAUUGGCAUGGUGUUAUGGAAAUCACAAAAGACAAGAAUCCGUUGACACUGAUAGUGAUAAUUCAAUGUAUUGAAAAUAUGAGUGAGCAAUCGGGAAGUUUUGUGCAGAGCAAGGUGUUGAGAGAAUUUUGGCCAACUGUCGAACAUUAUUUUAUGGAUAUUAUGAAGAAUAAGCAAUAUUUUGAACAAACUGCGGAAUAUAAAUUGGGAGUAAAAAUCAUCGAAGCAGCUCCUGAAAUCGUGAUAUAUAUUGGAUUCACUGAACAAGAAGCUGAAGGGACUUUUGUGAAAUUAUUAGAUCUUGCAAUUCAACAAAACGGGUGUUUUUCGUCUUUCGCGCGGGUAGAAAAGAAGAAAAUCGACGAACAUUUCAAGAAUCUGAAGCAAAAAACGGUUGAAUCAAAAAUGGCCCGGUGAUAUUCAAUCUUCAUGAGCAUCUUGAUUUUUUGUUAACAAUUUGUACAGCUUUAAUAAAUGUAUUGCAUUUUU